UCUGUUCCGUACUCUGAUAAACCUGAGUGAAGAGGAUUUCAAGCAAUUUAAAUACAACUUAGUGACAAUGACAUUUAGAGGGAAGGCGGCUAUCCCGCCUAAGCAGCUGGAGGAGGCACAUUGUUAUGAUACAGCAGCCUGUUUAAUACAGAGUUAUGGACAGGACAAUGCUCUGAUGGUGACAAUACAGGUUUUAUGUGAGGCCGACCUGAAGGACGAUGCAAAAAGAAUAAUGGAAGAAACAAGUUCACAUUUAUAUACAUUAAUAAAGAGAGGACAAUUUAUUAUUUUCCGUGCUCUGAUAAACCUGAGUGGUGAGGAUCUCAAGCGAUUUAAAGACAAGUUAGUGAUGGUGACAUUUAGUGGGAAAGAGGCUAUCUCACCUGAGCAGCUGGAGGAGGCACAUUGUUAUGAUACAGCAGCCUGUUUAAUACAGAGAUACAAAAAGGAUGAUGCUCUGAUGUUGACAUCACAAGCUUUAUAUGAGGUUGGCCUGAAGGAAACUGCAAAGAGACUGAUGGAAGAAACAUAUUCAUAUGUUUAUUCAGAUGUGAAGAGAAGACAAUUUAUUAUGUUCCGUACUCUGAUAAACCUGAGUGAUGAGGAUCUCAAGAGAUUUAAAGACAAGUUAACGACCCUAAAAAUUAGAGGGAAGACGGCUAUCCCACGUAAGCAGCUGGAGGAGGCACAUUGUUAUGAUACAGCAGCCUGUUUAAGACAGAGUUACGGAGAGGAGGAGGCUCUGAUGGUGACAAUACAGGUUUUAUAUGAGGCCAACCUGAAGGACACUGCAAUGAGACUGAUGAAAGAAACAUAUUCAGACAGAAAAAUUGGAACUAUCAUAUCAAAUCUUAAACUAGGAGUAACUUUGCCAACAAAGAGUUCUACCUCGAUCCAUAGACAAGGGAUGGAUUGCAAGCUUUGUGGGGAGGUGGGGGAUUCCAGAGAUGGAUCUCAUGGCUUCUCAUCUCAAUCAAAAACUAGCAAUGUACGAUUUGAGGUUAAAACCUUCAGUCUCUAA